AGGGAGGGGUGGAGUCAGUGGCCGAAGAGAGGCUCUCUGCGUUCAGAUGGAGGAUUAAGCUGGUCCCUACCCUGACAGCAUCCAGCACCGAUACACAGCCCAAACAUCAUCCUACACCUGUGUCCCGUCUGUAUCUACCGGGUCCUGCUCCCUUCAUCCCGUGCUGGCUCUCCAUCGCCGGACCGCACCGGUCCACAGCCCCGGACCGGACCGGUGUCCUUUCAAACCACGAGAUCAGUUCUCAUUGGUCCUGAUGGUCGUGAGGGCCCGUUUCCGCCACCUCUCAACCAGUCCACACAAGAGAGAUGUGACAUCCAAUCACACGCUGAGAUUUCUGGAUUCUGGAGCUGUUCGGACACAAGCCACACCCAGUUAGAUGGAGGAGCGAGAGAGAAGCAGAAGUCGAUCUCCAGGGAGAGUCGGUCGGGUGGAGCAGGUGGUGGGGAAAUGGCUGCGCCGUUCUCGAGGCUCUCUCAGCAGGGAGCGUAUUUUAGGAGGCAGGAGGUCGCGCUCCGGGGAUUCGGGCCAGCAGAACUUCCCUGUGAAGGUGACAGUGGAGGUGAUCAGAGACACGGUCCUGGACUCCCAUGGAUUCACUCUCUCAUCACAGCACCCCCUGCUGGUCAGGGACGUCACUCCAGGAGGCCCAGCAGACGGUCAGCUUUUUCCUGGAGAUCAGAUCCUAAAACUGAACAAUAAAGCCAUAGAAGAUAUUUCGCCUGAAAACGCGGAGCAGAUGAUUAGGGAUUGCCAGGAAUCUGUAACCAUGACAAUCCUCAGAAAUAUGGCGAAUCCUAAGUCUUCAUUCAUAACAGCAGAGAAGAGAGCUCGCCUGAGAAGAAACCCCGUUAAAGUGCGCUUUGCAGAAGAGGUGGUCGUCAACGGACACACUCAGGGAAACUCUCUUCUCUUCCUGCCCAACGUUUUGAAGGUGUACCUGGAGAACGGCCAGACCAAAGCCUUCAAAUUUAACAAGACCACCACUGUCAAGGAUAUCGUGUUGACUCUGAAAGACAAGCUGUCUAUUCGGUGUAUUGAGCAUUUCGCACUGGUGCUGGAACAGCAAUAUAACAUCACCAAACUACUGCUGCUGCAUGAGGAGGAGCUCAUACAAAAGGUGGUACAGAAGAAGGAUUCACAUGACUACAGAUGUCUGUUCAGAGUCUGCUUCAUUCCAAGAGACCCAGCUGACCUCCAGCAGGAUGAUCCUGUGGCCUUUGAGUACCUCUUUCAGCAGAGUGUGGGAGAUGUGUUACAGGAACGCUAUGCUGUAGAGAUGAAAUGUAACACAGCGCUGAGACUAGCCGCUUUGUACAUGCACGAGAAACUGGCAAGCUGUGGACAGACGACGAGAGCAUCUGUUAAGAGCGUUGUCAAGGAGUUUGGUUUAGAGAGCUUCAUCUCUCCCACUCUGCUGAGGAACAUGAGAGAGAAAGACCUACGGAAAGCUCUCAACUACCACAUGAAGAAGAUCCAGUCACUGCUAGAACCACAUCAGAAGGUGAUUUCUGUGUCUCAGGCCCGGUUGGCUUAUCUGACCCAGAUGGCGGAGCUGAUUUCAUACAGUGGGAGAAGCUACAAUGCCACCAUGCUGUUGCAGGACAGGGAGUCACUAGUGAGUUUGCUGGUGGGAGCGAGAUAUGGGAUCAGCCAAAUACUAAACCACCAGCUCAACAUGAUCUCCACCAUCAUAGACUUCCACUACAUCACCCGAAUAGAGGUGCUCUCAGAGUCCGACAGAGUCAGCAUGCUCAAGAUUUACCUGCAGGACAUCCAGCCAAUAGCCCUGUUAAUGGAAUCGGUAGCAGCUAAAGAUCUGGCCUGCCUCCUGGCUGGAUACUGCAAACUGCUGGUUGACCCCAAUAUCAAUGUGUUUCGCUGGGGACCCAGACCUAAAAUGCGACGCAUUCCAGCAGAAGAAGGGUAUAUUUAUCGGUGUGGGAGCGAUUCAGAAGACAGUUCAGAGGAUGACUAUGCCAUGGAGGGACUGCUAGACACCCUGUCAGAGGACACUAUGUCUACUCAUACAAAUGAUGGCACAGAGGAAGGAGAGGAAGCUGAGGGGAAAAGUGAAGCAGAGGCAGAAAAGGUUAGAGUGAUUGUAACGCAUCCCUUUUUAGAAGACGAAGGAGAUGAGGUGAGCAAGGGAGAGUCUAUUGGAGAUGAGGAAUAUGCCAUGAUGAUGGAUUCCCUUUUGGAGACAGGUUGGUACACGGACCCUCGAGUAAAUAGCAGCUUCUCCAGUUUGUCUAGUAACUCACUAAAUGCACUGGAGGAGAGUAUUAAGACAGCCAUUGGUGGGCUUGGCCAUAUGGAUGUGUCUCUGGAAGAGAAACCCAGUUCUGAUGCCUCAAGUCUGGAUGUCCACCACCCUUACCUCUUGGAGGUGCCAGAGCUUUUGGAUGAGAGCGGCAGUUCCAACAAACUCAGACGACCUUCAGACCUGACCUACAAUAAUCACUCAGUUCUGUGCUUCUCUGAGCUCUCUCAAAUGUCUGACAGCUUGCCAAGCCCACCUGUGGCCAACGACGAUGCUUUGAGUGAGGAUGAUGGAAGAGGAGACAGUGGAAAAGACGGUGGCAUCUCUGCCAUGUCAGCAGAAUUUGAGGCUGUGUUAGCCUCUUGUACCCCUAACAGCAUAAAUACUAAAUUAGCAGGAGUGAACUUUAAGGCACUCUUCACCCGGAUUCACAACCAUACAGAAUGUAGACAAGAGGGAAAAAGCUUCCCAAAGAAAAAGAUAAAUGAAACUAAACAACAGGGGCCAUCUUCAAAGUUAAUAGCACAAUCUGUGCUGAUGAGAGCUAUCUCCUUAAAUGUUCCUGAAAAAGCAAAGGACACAAGAGACAGUUGUUCAGAUUCUGAAGAUGAAUUUUUUGAUGCCCAAGAUCGAUUUACCCCUCCCAUCACAGAGCAAGGCCUCACAGAGGAAAGCUCAGAUUCUGAGAACAAACAACCUUCUUUUAGUGACAUUAAGGUUAGCGAGGACAAGAAGAAAACACCAGAAUCCAAAGACAGCAAAGAGAAGGACAGCACCACACCAGAGACCCUCAAAAAGAGACCUUCUCUUGCCAACCAUUUGACCCCUGCAUUUCCUGAGACUAAAAACCCUGAAUUGGAGGUCCAUCAGCCUCCAAUGACUUUUCUCUCGAAACUUACACCUGUGGAACCUAAAUCUUUCUCUACUAACCACUCCACCGGACAGAAAGCCCAGCACUGUAAUGGAGACAUCCCUGGUCGAAAUUCACAACUAUCAUCGCAGCUUCUAGAAAUGGAGCCAGACACCAUGGAGUUUAAACCAGUCACAGGGCCUGGACCACCAUUGUCUUCCUCAUUAAUAACAGCUGUACGCCAAGCUACCUUUCCCCAGCAAACCUUAGUAGACCCAGAGUCUGUUCAAAAUGGUCCGAGAUCACAAAAUGGAAUAACUGACCGGGUUUCAGACAGUCUAGAUAAAGAGACUACUCCAAAUAAUCUGGAUCUUGGGAGACCUGAUAGUCAACAUAUCAAGCCAAAUCAGAAAGAGCCAACAAAUGCCAACGGAACUGAAUUUGGGAAAAACACAUCAGACAGCAAGAGUCCUUUACAACAACAGUCAUCAGACGCUCUUAAAAUCAGAAAGUCAGAAAAUAAAGUUCCCCAGAGGAACACAAAGCCCCCAAUACCUCCCAAGCCAUCAUUCAUUGGUUUACAGACAUCCUUGAAGGCAGGUGAUGCUCAGUCACAAAAGCCUGAGGAAAAGACAAAAGUUCCCCCCAAUGGUCUUUCUCUACACCCCUGGACUCAGAGAAAUGGUACCAGUACCUCCUCACUCUCUACACUGAGUAAGGGUAUUUCUCUAAGUCAUGAGAACUUAAGAACUGAACUAAAGGCUGAAAGCUCUACAGUCAAACCUACAAGUGCUUCAACCACUCCUACCCCAUCUCCAUCUCCCUUACCUUCUCCUUCAGUUCACUCUAUAAAUAUUGUUCCUGAAGAUCAAACUGGAACUACCUUCCCCAGCAGAACAGGCUUAUCGGGACGUCUGUCUGCAACAGCCUUGCGGGGGAAAAUUCAAGAUAUGCCCUGGUACCUAACCCGCUCCCAAGAGAUCCUGGGGACAGUAGCACUCAGCAACACUAUUUCAUCAACCGGCAAUAUAGCAACCAUUGCAACAGAUGUGAAUCAUGAUUCCAAGAAGGUAUCUCCCAAAGCCACUUCAGUGCCAUCUUUGAUUGACUGGAAAGAGAAAGAUGCUGAAGUAGUUAUUGUGAAGCUAAAAGAUGGACCCGAGGAAGUGACCUCAACUCCUGUUAUAGACACUAACGGAAAACCUCCAACAUUGUCAAACCAUCCUGAUCUGAGGCAGAAAUCUUCCACAGAAGCUACCGAGUUGCACAGGCAUUUUGGGACCUGCAAGUCCGAACAGCCUCAGUCACACAAAGGUUACCCUUCAGAGAUUCAACUUGACAAUGCGUCCUCUCUAUCCUCAUCAAGUCCUUCCCAUCGUGAUGCAUGUGGCUGCCAUACAGUCUAUGCUAACUGUUUCAGUGGAGAUACAGAGGACAACUGCAGCUUUGAUGAUAAUCUGACUGUUUACGAGUUCUCCCGUCGAAACCGCAUAAGUAAACCACCACAACCCACCCCGGUUCCCACCCCUGCAACCCUCUCGUGUCCCUCACCAAAUGUUCUCUCCCUACUCAGAGAUUCCCCUCGUCCCCUAUCUUCAUCGUCAGAACUCAGUCCACUCCUGGUCCCACCCAGAGCUCUGGAAUCUCUGCAUCUAGACUUUAGACCAAUGAAUAAUCCGCUUAAUUUUUUGCAAGGCCACCGUUAUGUUACUGGUAACAAAGGUGCAGGCCUUAAAGACGGAUAUGCUUGUUUGCAGCGAGAUAUUGAUGAACUACUUAUGGUUUUGAAAAAAGGGCCUUCUGCAGUAUACCCUCCAACCCACAAGGGGGAAUGCGAAAAUGGCAAUGUGAAUGGGAAUUUGUUUUCAGAGACAGAGAGAUGCCUGGUUCAGGCGGAGGCACGGAAAUUGGCAUCAGGAUGUCAGAGAGCCACACGGGUUGGAUGGGCACCUGAUGAUGCUCUUCUGUCCCUUGGAAACAGCUUUGGAGCUCUAGUGCAACUUACCUCAACCUGCAUGCGAGUUCCUUGUGCGGACUGCGGAGGCUGUCAUGGGGAUAUUGAUGCAGAUGAGGCCCUAAGGAAGCUUGAGGAGAUUGUGGACCUGUAUAAGGAAUUUGUAGGAGCUGUAGAGACGACUAGAGAGGGCGAAGGUGUCAGGCUCUUAGCCAAGCAGUGUACUGUUCUCAUUUCAACCGUCUUCUCACUAACACAGUUGUUUCGGACACGGACACCAGACAUAGACAAUGGAAAUGUACCUCUGAACUUUUGAAUUUUUCCUUCCGGCACCCUCUUAAGGGAUUGUAGAGUGCGAGCAUAGAAUUGUACUUAAAGUAGCUAUGACUUUCUGGCAUCUAAAAACUGAUUGUGUGCUGGCACACAAGAAUAAUAGUAAGUGCCGUGAACGUACACACAGUUAGCAUCCUAACAUGUCAGAACUGUUAUGUGUUAACCUGUUUGUCUUGCCAAGUCUCCCUAUAAACGUACUGGAAUUAUGCAUUCAGACAUACAGUAGCUAUUUUCUAAAGUUUCUUUAAUUCCCGAUGUAUGUAUAGUCUGUAGUAUGUAUUUAUUUUUUUUGCAUACAGUAUAUGCGCACCGUGGUUUCUUACCUACUAUACCUGCAUUUAGUUUUUUUGGGUAAAUGUGAAUCCCUACCUCUUGCUCUAAUAACUGAGAUAAAGUGUUAUGAAAUUUCACCUGUUUUCAUGUUUAGUUUAGUCAUGCUGCUCUAACAGAUUGAAGGAACAAAGUGAAAAGACACUCCACUAACCCCAAACAAUAGAUGCUGGGACUAAGAAGCUCAAAAAUUUAUGCAGUAAUUUUUCACCGGACUAUCCAAAGGAUUUUCAUUUAAUUUUGUCUAUGAUAAUUUUCCAGCUGUAGAAUGAGAGUUGAUGGCAAUGGAAGUGCGGCAGUUUGGAUUUUUUUUUACCUGUAUGUUGGCGUGUCAAGUUUGGCUUUUGAUGUUAGUUUUUAUAUUGGCCUAUCAGCUGACUGUUAACCACAGAGAUCGGUCUGUCCAAAAACACAAUAGCACAAUUGGGGUAUGUUUACACAACAACGAUGUCACCACUUUACUGUAGCAUCCUGUAAAACUGAUCCCAAUGAUAGCCAAACCACACAAUUUGUCACUCAUCUGUAAUUUUCGACUAUGCAAGCAUCACAAUUUAUACCCAAUUUUUCUUACAUUUUAUACAUAUUAAUACAUGCAGAAUUUUCUAUUUGUUAUGACCCACUAAUAUCUUGCUUUAGAGCACAUCCCUGACAAGCCUAGGCCUUAUAUUUUAUCUUGGAAGAUUGUUGUGAAAUUUGUUGGACUGCAUUAUUUUGCGAAUGCACCAUAUAUUUAUUUUGCCUACUGUUUAUUCAAACAAAAGGUUCAGUUGGAAAUAUUUUUUCUUCCUCUUUUGUAAGUGGUGAACUGCACCAUAUUAUGUAUACAUUAAAUACUCAAGUGUAAAUUAUCUUUGAGUAAUGCCAGAAACAUACUCCAUGCAAGUAUGUGAACGCUUCUAGUGAAACCAGCUCGAUUUCAUUGUGUAAUACAUAAUGCAGUGCCUGUUGCCUCCUUGAGAGUUUGUUUGGAACUGCACAAUUGAAAUGCCUCACUCAAGCCUUCAAAUCUGCAUUUCUGAUCUAAGAAUUCCAAUUUUGGAUUUGGCUGUCAUAUUCACAAAAAUAUGAUUGAGGAGAUUAUCAAAGACUACACUUGGAACUUCGAGUAAUUGAGUCUUGAUUAUUCAUUUGGCCUUUGUUGCUGAUCUCAGACCAGUACUUUGUGGUAUUACAGCCAAGGAUGAAAAUUCUCACUGGCUGUUUCUAGAAAAGGUUUCAAAAGGCAACUUGCACCCAGAAUACAUUAAAAAAAAAAAUGUAUUGCCCAGAUCACAUUACAAAUUCAUGACAUCAUCCUUGAUCAGUUCUAAGUAACUUGACUUUAGAGAAGUGCUUCCAGAUGGCAAGAAUAUCACCCAUAUUGGACACAUCCCUCCCAACAAACACACUGCCAGAUCGUGGUUAAGUCAGAAAGAUAGUUUGCAUCAAGAGGAAAGUCAUGAGAAGGAAAGAGACAAAUAUCUGUAUCUUAUUCAGUCUUUUCACAGGAACAAUUUUCAUAUCAUACUAUCAGAGAGCAAACAUAUUUCUGUAUUAAAAUCUUCUUGUCAAAUGAAGGAUGACAAAGACUGCCAUUGCAUUUGUACCAACUCUGAAGUCGGUACUGCUCGUAAAGACCUUAUGUAUUGAGACAUGUUGUAUGCAGAUUAUUGUGUUUCAAAGUGCACCAAAUAAAAUAUGAAUUGUGGCUUUACGUGAAUAUUGAGGCAAACACCUGAAUGAAAUGAGAAGAGACGAUUGAGAGUAUGUUUUGCAUCCCCUCUACUGUGUUCAUGAUAAUAAAGGUUUGAUUUCAAAUGACAAAUGUUAUGGAACUAA